AUGGCUGGGCUACCUAUCGACUACAUGGCCCAGAAGAUGGAGGAUUUUCUGGUAAAGGAAGCAACUUUAUAUGGAGAAGCUCGUGGCCGAGUGGAGGCGAUGAAGCAGGAGCUGAUGAGCAUGAGGUCAUUUCUGGAGGAUGCUGAUGAUCCAAAGUCCACCAGUUCCAAAUCAAUGGAAACCCAGGUUGCCCAAGUCAGAGAUCUGGUGUACGAUGUUGAAGACAUCAUCGACAAGUACAUGUACCAUAUAAACAAGUGGCGAGGCGACCAUACAUUCGUGUGGUACUUUAAGAGAACCGUUGGCUUCCCCAAGUACUUUUGGGAGAGGCGGCAGAUUGCUACAGGCCUCCGGGGACUCAACAGCAUGAUCAAAACCAUACCUGAGAGGUAUCAACGGUACACUGUUGAUCGUCAAGAGUCAGCUUCAGGCUCCAACCGUGGCGGAACACUUUUCAACUCCGAGGCUGCUCUGUUCCUCAAUGAAGACGAUCUUGUAGGGAUUGAAGCACCGAAAGAGGCACUUCUGGGAUUUCUCACCAACGGGGAUUUGCAGCGGACUACUAUUUCAGUGGUUGGCAUGGGUGGCUCUGGUAAGUCCACUUUGGUGGCUAACUUGUUCAACUCUCCUGUAGUCAAGCAAAACUUUGAUUGUCGUGCUUGGAUUACGGUCUCCCAAACUUUCAAUAUUGACGAACUGCUCCGAAGCUUGAUCAAGGAGUUCAACAAAUCAAAUACAGAAGAAGGGAUUCCAACAACGGAAUUGAGUGUCAUGAGCUAUCGAGAGCUUACAGAGAAGCUGGUGGCUUAUCUUGAGCAGAAGACUUACUUGGUUGUGUUAGAUGAUGUAUGGAGUAUUAAUGUUUGGAGCCAGAUAAAGGUGGUCCUUGCAAAUGGGCAGAAGGGCAGCCGAGUUAUGCUCACAACUCGUAUGGAAGAUAUUGCCCUGCACUUUUCAUCUGAAGCUGGAAGCCAUAUCUACAAUGUUAAACCACUCGACAGGGACAAGGCAUGGGAGCUGUUUUGUCGUAGAGCUUUCUCAUCAAGAAAUUUCAAAACAUGCUCUUUAGAGCUUCAAGAUGUAGCGAAUGAGCUUAUCGACAAAUGCGAAGGUCUUCCUCUCGCCAUUACUUCAGUGGGUGGUCUCUUGGCCACUAAAAGCUGUACAUUAGGCGCAUGGACAAUGGUUCUCAAGAACUUGCAGUGGGAGUUGAGCAACAGUCAAAUGCUGCAAUCCACAAAAAGCAUCCUGCUUCUGAGCUACAACGAUCUUCCAUAUCGUUUGAAGUGUUGUUUCCUAUACUUUGCUCUAUUUCCAGAGGACCACAGGAUCUGGUGCGAUAGACUCAUCAGACUAUGGAUGGCGGAGGGGUUUGUGGAAGCAGGUGAAAAUGGAGUAUCGCCAGAAGAGGUUGGCAUGCGAUAUAUCAAAGAAUUGAUUGGUCGAAAUCUUCUCCAAGCUGUGAGAUGGGAGAUGUAUGGAGGUUACGGGAAGUGUAAGAUGCAUGAUUUGUACAGAGAGAUUGCUCUUACGAUAUCAAAGCAAGAGAAGUUUUGCUCGGUAUAUGAUGGUACACGUCUUCUUGAAGAUAAGUCAUCCAACAAUCGACGUUUAUCCAUCCAGCAAGCAAGCAGCGAGCGAGAAGUGGCUAAUUUAGUCGAAGGUACAUCACAUGUUCGCUCUAUCAUCAUCUUUGCUAGAGACAAUCAUUUCUCUCUAAGCAAACUCCCUUGGAGCCACCUUCGACUCACACGUGUGGUGGAUAUGGAAAAGUCCCCUCUGGAGAAACUCUCUGAGCAAAUAGCCGUCUUACUCAACUUGAAGUACUUGAACUUGAACAGCACUAUGGUGAAAACUCUCCCAAAGAGUAUCGGAAAAUUGUGGAGUCUCCAAACUCUUGAAAUCCUAAGCACCAACAUCGAAGUCCUUCCAAGCGAAGUUGUGAAGUUGCAAAACCUACGCCACUUGUUGUCAGGCAAUCUCGAGUUUGGAAGUCUACGGGAAUACAACAAACUAAAAGGGGUGAAAGUUCCAUCCGGUGCAGAUAUCAGCUCUCUGAAGAACUUGCAGGCUCUGCGCUUGGUGGAAGCAAGCGGAGAGAUAGUGAAGCAGCUGAAAAAAAUGACCCAGCUCGUACAACUGGGGAUCACAAACUUGGAAGGCCGAGCUCAGAUGGAAGAUCUGUGCUCGUCGCUACAAACUAUGCAGUUGCUGCAAUGGUUGGUUGUGAUAGCAAGUAAGGAAGAAGAAGUCCUCCAGAUGGAUUCCCUUAAUGAAUCCACUUCUUCUUCAUCAUCACUUCAGCUCCUCGGGUAUCUCAUCCUGUGCGGGAAGCUGAACAACUUUCCGGAUUGGAUUCGUUCGCUCCAAAGCCUCGCGACAAUACGAUUGCUCUGGAGCAGGCUGCCCGUGGAGGAAGAUCCAGUUGUGCAUCUCCAACGGAUGGAUAGCCUGAGGAACGUUUGGUUCAACAAUGCUUAUCAGGGUACCGAGUUGAGAUUCAUGACUGGAUUUAGCAAUCUCAGGGCUUUGGCGUUAGCCAAUUUACCUAACUUAGAGAAGCUGACAAUUGGUGGAGGAGGAGUGAUGCCGGAUCUUGGAACCAUGCUGGUAAGAGACUGCCCAAAUCUAAAGGUGAUAUCUGAAGGGAUCAAGUGCCUGAGCAAGCUUGAAGAUCUGAGGCUCGAGAACGUUUCUCAGGAAUUGGUGGAGCGUGUUCGUGGAGAAGAUCGUGCCAACUUUCAGCACAUUCCUCUCAUCGCAUGCAAGUACUGCACCUCGAGUGGGAGUUACAUCACUCCUGGAUUUGGUGGUGCAGCACCUAAACCUGGUGGUGCACCUAUUGGCGCACCUGGUGGUGCAGCUAUUGGCGCACCUGGUGGUGCAGCUCCUGGUCCUGGUGGUGCAACAUCUAAACCGAGUAGUGCACCUAUUGGUGGACCUAGUGCUGGUGGUUCAGCUCCGGGUCCUGGUGGUGCAACUCCUGGACCUGGUGGUGCACCAAUUGGAGGACCUGGUGGUUCAACUUCUGGAACUGUUGGUGCACCUGUUGGUGGACCAUCUAGCGGUACUAUAUUUGAGGUCACAAAAUAUGGCGCCAUUCCAGAUGGGAAGACGGAUAUGAUGAUGGCCUUCCUAAAAACAUGGGUAGGGGCAUGUAACUCGCCGACGCCGUCGACGAUUGUGAUUCCGGCGGGAGAAUUCGUAUGUGGCCUGGCGGUGGUUACCGGACCAUGUAAAGCCCCAAUCGAAGUCCAAGUUCUUGGAACCAUUUCGGCUAAAGACUCAAUUAUCGGCGAUAAUUGGUUCGUCUUCAAACACAUUGAGAACUUCGUACUCUCCGGGACCGGCACAUUCGACGGCAAAGGCGCCGGCAAAACGGAGCCCAAUGCAGCGAAUCUCAGGUUCCAGUCCGUCACCAAUGGGCUGGUCACCGGAAUCACGAGCAAAGACAGCAACUUCUUCCACAUGGCCGUCCUCGACUCCAAAAACGUCACCUUCACAAAAGUCAACAUCACGGCCCCCGGCGACAGCCUCAACACCGACGGCAUCCACCUCAGCAUGUCCAGCGACAUCAACAUCAUCGACGUCACCAUCGCCACCGGCGACGACUGCAUCUCCAUGGUCGACGGCGUCACCAACGUCAACAUCGAGGGGGUGACGUGCGGUCCGGGCCACGGGAUCGCCAUCGGCUCCCUGGGGAAGUACCCCAACGAAUCUCCGGUGACCGGAAUCCACGUCAAGAAUUGCACCCUCAAGGACACGGAAAACGGCGUCAGGAUCAAGUCGUGGCCGGACCAGGAGGCCGGAGUUGCCUCCGACAUACAUUUCGACGAUAUUACGUUGGAUGAUGUGCAGAAUGCCAUUAUCAUUGAUCAAGAGUACUGUCCGGAUGGCGCGUGCAAGUCCAAGGGAGCGUCGAAGGUGAAAAUAAGUAACGUGACGUUCACAAACAUUCAUGGGACUACGACGGACCCAGAUACGAUCACGUUGAAGUGCAGCAGUUUGAAUCCGUGUGAAGGAAUUGCGUUGACCGACAUUGAUCUAACCUGUACGAAGGGGGGUGCCAAAUCGACGUGCAUCAACGUUAAGCCGAUAAUUUCAGGAAAACCGCCACCGCCUGGUUGCUGAUACUCGAUUUGAUUUACUUCUAAUGACGAAUCAUUUUCUGAUGAUCGAUUAAUUGAUUCGAAUUAGUUAUACAUAUUGUAUGCAUAUAUUCCUUUUUUGUUUUUUUUUUCCUACCUUCUUUUGAUUCGGAUUGUUUAAUCUUCUUCACUAGCUAGAAGCAUGCCCUUAAAUUUCAAGGGUUUUUUUUUAUUAUGAGGGUUGUGAUCCAAUUUCAUGACUUGUUUGUUUGUUGUAAUUUUUCGAUCUGUAACAUAUUGUAGGUAUUCUAUGUUUUGAAAAUAGAUAAUUUUUAAUUGUAACUUAUUCUCUUGUAUCAGAUGCAAUAUACUAUCAAAUUCCU